AUGGCCCCGAUAUCACCACCAUCAAGCAACCCCACUCAGAACAAUACCCAAGAUGAAAUGGGACUAGAAGAUGUCCACUCCCGACCCCGACCCCGCCCCCGACCCCAAAGAUCCCCAUCCGAGCUCACCCGCCUCAGAGUCCAAAACCGCCGGCGGGAGUACCUGAGCAGAAACCCGUCCUAUUUCGACCGGCCAGACCACGAGCUCUCGGACCCCCUCCUCCACGACCACCUGAUCCGCCGCUUCCUCACCCCCCGGGAGCGGGAAGCAGACUCCAAGUCCAAAGGGUACGCCCGCGUCCUCGAGGGGUCCCUCCUUCGGGGCGAGGAACGGUUGGCAAAGCUCUCGUGGGAGAAACCGGCCGGGGAUGAAAUCGGGGAGAACGGGGCGGCGGCGGCGGCGGGUGUGUCGCAGGCUGGGAGAGGGAGGGGGGGCAAGGUAGAAGCCGCGGGGACGAGCUUCACCUCCUUCAGCGCCGAGUUGCUACCCCCGCCGGAGACAAAAGAGGAGGGGGAGGAGAGGUGGAGGGAGUUUCUAAGGGAUCGGUUCGUGAGGGGUGAGGAUGAGGAUUUUGAGUACGACGAGGUCGACGACAGGGACGAGCUUGACGAGCUGGAGCGGAGGGAGAGGGAGGAGGAGUGGAUCGAGGGGGAGGAACCGGGGUGGGCUGACAGUGAGGGUGAAGGAGGGGGGAGGGUGCUGACGGGGGAGACGGGGGUGCAGGACUUUUAA